AAAAUAUUGUGCCUGCCUUAUUCUAAUAGUUCCCGCAGCUGCAAGCAAGAAAGGGAUACGGAAACAGUUUUCCACUUCCUAUGCGAAUGUUCAGCUUUAUCACAAAUCCUAUUAGUAAAGCGGUACCAGCAGAAUGCAGAGUUGCUUGGAGGAAAAUGAAUCCUCAAAACCGUCGAUAAGACGGGAUAUCCACCAUGACUCGAAACACAAUUACAAAAAAGUGCAACUAGAGUUGAAAAAAGCAUUUAUUUCAUCAAUUCCCUUAAGUUUUUGAGUGACGUUUAUUUUGAAUUCGAAUUAUGGUUAAAUGCGACGGUUUGCGGCCGGCUGUUAUUGUGACGUCCACGAAGAAACCAACUUAUUAUUAUAAAUACAAUUAAUAACUUAUGGUUUCUUUUUAAAAGUGAAUAUUAAUAUAACAUUCGCUAUAGUCAUAUACUCCCACAAUAUAAAAGAACGGACACGGUUUCAAUUUAAAUAUGAUUCAUGAAAAUCUCACAAAUGACUUAAGCUGAUAUCUGCAGAAAACAACCAUCAAGCUUAAAAAAUUUUCUUACGAAAUAAUUAGGUUUUUAUCAAAAAGAGCACUGGCCCGCUAAAAUAUUGCCAUACUUUCAUUGUUAUAAUGUAUAACAUCUCCGCAUUCUUAUAUUUCUGUGUGCUUUACCGCAUUUAUUUACCAAACGUAUAUUUCUUAAUGCAUAAUUGUAUAUAUGGAUAUAUGGGAAAUAUUAGUUCUUUACUUUAUCAGGUGCAUAUCGAUUUUAUUCGAAUUGGGUCAUGUAAUUUGCCAAUAAUUGCUUGCAAUAGAAGGUGAGAUCGGAAGUUAACUGCUCGUCUCACUCAUUUCAUGUUACGGUAAAUCCAAAAUAGCAUUGAUAACUGAAUAAUUAAAUACCGCCUAUUCGAAAGAAAAUAAAACUAGAACACUUUAGUAUGUAUUGAAAAACGUUGCAGCUGUCCAUUCUCAACUAGAAGGUUUACUGACUUGGAAUUCUCACUCUUCCACUGGUAAUAGAGAAAGACGCGUAAAUAGAUAUUGAAAGUCUGGAACAAGGAAAUAAAGCAAAAUGGCUUCUGGCGGCUUAACUUGUGUGAAGUUUAUUACAUUUUUCUGUAAUUUACUUUUCGCUCUAACCGGACUGCUCAUCCUAAUUGUGGGUGCCAUGGUGCAGUUGAACUAUGCACAUUAUUCAAAUUUCGUAAGCGACCACAUAUGGACUGUGCCCAUUAUUUUGAUUAUCGUCGGCGCUACCAUAGCAUUCAUCUGUUUCCUCGGCUGUUGUGGCGCCUUGAAAGAGAAUAGUUGCAUGAUACUGUCAUUCGCGCUUUUAGCGGUUAUUAUAUUCUUGUUCGAAAUCGGUUUAGGAAUAGCUGGUUAUGUUAAACAUGCAUCUCUGAGUGAUAUAAUGGAGGAACAGUUCAAUUCCACAAUGAAAGAAUACAACGAACGCAAAGAGAAUCGUGAUGCUUGGUCGCUUUUGCAAAGUGAGAUGGAUUGCUGUGGCACCUUUGGGCCUAAGGAUUGGGAACCGAUAUUUCACAAUAGCUCUCUGCCACCUGCAUGCUGCACGGUCAUCAAUUUGAACGAAGCUCAAGACUGUACGAUUGUUCACGCCCAUUCGGAAGGCUGCCUAAAUAAGCUGCUCUCCCUGCUCGACUCCAAAACAUUAACUUUAGCGGGCGUGGUACUCGGCGUAGCUGGUAUACAGCUAUUGACCAUACUUUUCGCCUUCUGUCUGUUUCGUUCGUUCCGACGCAGUUACCAGACGGUUUAAAAAACAGCAUGUAGUCACGCUCAAGAUACACAUAUUAGGAGUUAUUGGUUGAAUGAUUUUGAAAUUUGAAAUUCAUACAACCAAUACUCAUGCUGAUAUGUGUUAUAAGAAUUUAUUUCAAUUGAAUAUCAAGAGUUUUUAAGGCGGACAAAGUAAUAACUAGAAAAGUGCUUAUAAAGAAGUAAAAUUACUUAUGUCGGCUGCAUAUAACUGAGCACACAAAUCACAUUUUAAAUUGUUACUUACAUACUUAUACAAUAUAUACACAUGUAAGUAUAUGAGAGCAGCAUUAAUAUGCAGACUUCAAGCUCCCCAUAUCACUUAUUCAUAUCAGUGUUAUAAGUUAAUGAACAACGUCGUGAAGUUUAUGCUCAACAUUUUUGAAUGACCCAAGAGCGAAUAUGAACAAUAUACAAGUAAUAUGAAUUUACACCUUUAAGCACAUUUUUUUAUACCUAUUGUAUAUGGUAUCUAAAUAUAUGUAUGUACUGGCAAUCAUUUUUUGACGAAAGUCAUUAUGUAGUUUAGCACCAAAAAAGACAUUAGCAUUAAUACGGUAUGCAUUUCACUUAAAUUUUUGUAUUUAUGUAUUUUCAUCUAUGUAUGUAUAAGAUUUCAUAAUAUCUGUACCCUUAGAUUUCUUUAUAUAAAUCUUGAGGAGGCUUUUACAUACAUUACUUUCACUACUUGCCCACACUACUUGCCUAGCCCAUUUCGGCGGCAUAAAGCAUUUAAAGAAAAUGCCAAACUCAAUUAAUAGUUUAAACUGGGAAAAAUGUAUACAAAAUUUUAUAAGAAUUUUAUAUUGAAAAGAAGAUGAAUUAAUACGAAAAUAUCUAAACCGAAAUUGACGUAAACUAAUAGCAACCAUUAGCAAUGUUUAUGGUAGUGGUAUUUUUACAUACACCAAUUUGUUUGGUCUUUUGUGAUAGAUUUGCUUAAUUUAAAACUUAAUGCGAUUUUGUUUAUUAUACCAAUUUGAAAAGUAACAAGUUUUUAAUGAAUUUUCCACUAAUAAGUAAAUAUGAAACCAAGUUUUUGAAAACUGAAAAUAUUCAAAUAAAGAAAUUAAUAAAUUGUUUUUACAUCUCCUUUUUUACACUUGGUUAUACAACGAUCCAAAUAUUAUAUAUACAUAUGUAUAUCUUUAUUUAGGGUAUUUAAUAGAAAUGAAGUUUGUCUAUAUAUUAUACAUACAUGAUUUAUGAAGUUCUUCAAAAUUCUUAUAUUUAUAUUUUAAAAAUUUGAUUAGAGAAUAAAUUAGCAUAACCUAAUCCAAAAUGUGUAAAAAUAUAUUUCGGUAGUUGUUUGUAUGUAUACUACACAAACCCUAAUUUGGUUUACAAAUUUGUAACAUAAAUUGCUGAAAUAGUUACUUAGUAGUCCAAUAGCUUCAUAAUUUAUUAUUACAUGUCCUAGUAUGUUACAUAGAUUUGUAUUACUGAACAGUAGUUUUGUGUAUUUUAUUGUAUGUAUUUGUUAAAUAAUUGUAUUUGUUUGAAAUUGUAUUAAGUGUGUAUAACAGAUCAGCACUGAAUAAAAAUAAAGUACUCAUACCAAAUUUUAAUACAGCGUA